AUGCACAAGCCACAGUGGACAGUGGAGGUUUUAGCUCGUAUAAAAAACACCGAUUUGACCGUCAGAGUUGACCUCUCGCAGAAAUUCUCUCUGACGUCGUUUCAUUCACUUCAAGCUGACCAUUUUCUCAGAGUGGAUGCGCCACAUCUCGAAUGCCUCUCCAUUAUCUUUGACAGCGGCGUCGACGAAGAGGAGGUCGAAGAGGAAAACGUGCUGCUUUUGCCCCAUUCAGUAUUCCCGAAUGCGCCAAUGUUGCGUUGCCUCUAUCUGCGGGGUCUACUCUGGGAUUCUCCUCUGUUUCCACAGUUGGCUCACCUUGCCAUUCACGAACUGGCCGAGGACUUCCUGGAGAUGUCACCACUUCUCUCCAUCUUGGAAUCGUUGCCACAGCUGCUGAGUCUCUCGCUUAUCUCCGCCAUUACCAUUGACUCCUCGUUGGACUCAGAAACCUCCGCGAAAGUAGUUCAUUUGCCCUCCCUACGUCUGCUGCAUCUCGAUGAAGACUCGGAUUUCUUCAUCGUCUUCAUGAGCUCCAUCGAUCUUCCUCCAGACGUCGUGAUGCGCAUUACGGUUAGGCCAAUGUGGAGCACAUCAGCGGAGAUCAGAAACGUCGUUGACGCAAUUACCCCGCAUGUCAACGGGUCUACCAACAAUCGUCGAAUCCAAGCUAUAUUAUUCGACUUCGACGUUCGUGAGGCUUGUGGUGUCCAAGUAAGUGGCUGGGCACCAGAGCACAGCAAUGGCGGCCUUUCCCACUUGCCGCCUACGGUCCCCCCUCUGUACAUGCGUGUCCUAUGGGAGAACGACGAUAUUGUGGUGCCUGUCAUACAGAUUAGGCUAGCUGAAGCAUUCUGCAACGCGUUCAACCUCGCAGGCGUGAGCGACGUUCAACUCAAUCCUGGUAAUACUGCGCUGUAUCUCUGGGACGUGCCUCCGCUCGCUUCUCGGGUCACAAGGAUCUGUAUCAGCGAGACUCACGCCUCGGGAAUGCUGGGGCACUUUUACGACACGACUCAGGGUAAGGAUUCCCCGUUUCGUGACAGUCUCUGGCGACUUCUGCCGACUGCGAGCUCUGACCUUAACACGGUGCCACGAUGA